AUGACGUCUGGGCCAACUCCAGCUUUCCCACCAGGCUCCUGGAUUCUUGUCACCGGCGUGACUGGCCACAUUGCCUCUCACGUAACCUCACAGCUCUUGCGGCGUGGUUACAAAGUUAGAGGCACCGUCCGUGAUCUUACUUGCGCCUCCUGGCUGAUUGAUGAUCUAUUUAAAAGUGCUGCCGUAACCGGGAACUUUAAACUUACUCUGGUGUCGGAUUUCGGCGAUCCAAACGCCUUCAAAGACGCCGUAAAGGGAGUCUCCGCUAUUGCACAUAUAGCCACCCCAAAUAACUUCGACUCGGACCCAUCGAAAGUAAUUCCGGUGACGGUUGGAGCUGCAACGUCUAUAUUGGAAGCUGCUGUUUCUGAGCCUUCCGUGAAGCGGUUUGUUUACACUAGCUCAGUUGCCGCCGCUGCGACACAAAGGCCCGGCAAUCAUACGCAUGUUGGACGAGAUACGUGGAACAACUGGGCGAUCGAGAUUUCCAAUGCGCCGCCACCUUAUGAAGCUUCUCGGGGAUCGGCUGUCUAUAGCGCAGCCAAGGCCAAGGCAGAGAAGGCUGUAUGGAAUUUCCUUGAAGAAGAGAAGCCGCCAUUUGCUAUCAAUGUUGUAAGCCCAUUCGCUACGAUUGGACCAGUGUUGAACCCCAAUCAGCCUGGCGCUACAUCUUUGUGGAUCAAGGAGCUACUACAAGGAGACUUAUCAUCUACAAAUAUAGUCCCUAACUUCUACACCGUUCAUGUACACGAUGUGGCCUUGUUACAUAUCGCAGCCUUGUUAGAUCCAGAGGUCAACGGAUGUCGUUUGCAGGCUUGGGCAGAGCCAGCCAACUGGAAUGACUUGCUGAGAACUUUACGGAAGCUCUAUCCCAACAACACAAGCAUAGCCUCUGAUAUCCCAAACGAAACAAACAUUGAAUUGACGACAGACACAACCGAAUGUAUCUGCUUGUUGAAGAAAUGGGGUGAUCAAGACGGGUUUAAAACAACUGAGGAGGCCGUACAAGAUACAAUUGCUCACUGGAAAUUGGUCUAA